CUUAUGGCGGCAAUUUGUUUUGCCAUACAUCAUGAUAUUCAAAGCGAUAAUAUGUGGAUGUCUUGUGCUUGGUCUGACAUCGGCCAGGCCACAACGAGCUGCUUUAAGUCCUAGACCAUCAAAUAAUCAGUUUGACUCAAAUCAGUUUAACAGUGGAUCCAACUUGUACGACAAUGAAAAUAGUCAGAAUAACGAAAACAACAACAAGGGAUUAAGAUUUGAGCGUCAACAACAGUAUACUGAUUCAAGAAGUGCUUACAUUACUCAAUAUGAAUACGACAACGAUGGAUCUGGAAAUUAUGUUUACAAUGUCAACCAAAGCGACGGCAUCUACAACGAUCAGACAGGCGAAGUCGAAAACCAAGGCACAGAUGAUGAAUCUUCCAGAGUUUACGGUCAUUACGCAUACCCUGGUCCAGACGGAAAAUUCUACUAUGUAGAGUAUGUGGCAGACAAAGAUGGAUUCAGACCAGCAGGAGACCACAUUCCAAGGUCUGCCAGUGUAGGAAGAGUAGGACAGUUAGGCAUUCCUUCAGCAGCUAUUGCUUCUUUAGCCGGAGGCGGUUUAGGAUAAUUUAUUUUUGUAAUUUUAGAAAAAUAUAAAUGUUAUUUUACAUUUAAAAUGAGUUUUUGUAGGGACGUAAAUCG